AUCAGAACGAUUUUGAGGUUAUAACUUUAUCUGGAAAUUACCGACUGACUCCGUGUGAAAUUGAAAUCUGUGUACAAAAAUGGCUUUAUCCGUUCCCAAAGCUCCCGGAGUGGCCCAGAUGCUCAAGGAUGGCGCUCGGAUGUACAGCGGUCUGGAGGAGGCCGUCUACCGGAACAUCAGCGCCUGCAAGGAGUUCGCACAGACCAUGCGCUCCGCCUACGGGCCGAACGGCAUGAACAAGAUGAUCAUCAAUCACAUCGAAAAGCAGUUUGUGACCAGUGACGCCGGCACAAUCAUGCGCGAGCUGGAUGUGGAGCAUCCGGCCGCCAAGCUGAUCGUCAUGGCUAGCCAGAUGCAGGACGCCGAGGUGGGAGAUGGCACCAACUUUGUGGUGGUGUUGGCCGGUGCUCUGCUGGAAUCCUCAGAGGAUCUGCUGCGACUGGGCAUUACCACCGCCGAGAUUGCCGAUGGCUAUGAGAAGGCCUUGGAGAAAUCGCUAGAGAUCCUGCCCAAAUUGGUCAGCCACAAAAUUGAGGACUACCGCAACGUGGAGAAGGUCAAGGAUGUUCUGCGCACCUCGAUCAUGUCGAAGCAGUACGGCCAGGAGGACUUCAUCAACGACCUGGUGAGCAAGGCCUGCGUCUCUAUCUUGCCCGAUGAGGGUACCUUCAACGUGGACAACAUUCGCAUCUGCAAGAUCUUGGGCAGUGGCCUGCUCAAGUCAGAGGUGGUGCGCGGCAUGGUCUUCAAGCGCUUUGUAGAGGGCGAUGUCACCUUUGCCGAGAAGGCUAAGAUUGUGAUCUUCUCGUUCCCCGUUGACAUCAUCCAGACGGAGACCAAGGGUACGGUGCUGAUCAAGUCGGCCGAUGAGCUGCUGAACUUCUCGUCCGGCGAGGAAAGCCUGCUGGAGAAUCAGAUCAAGGCUAUUGCCGACACCGGCGUCAAGGUGGUUGUGUCUGGCGGCAAGGUCGGCGACAUGGCCCUGCAUUUCCUUAACAAAUACGGCCUGAUGGCUGUCCGACUGAACUCCAAGUUCGACCUGCGUCGUCUGAGCCGUUCCGUGAACGCCACCGUCCUGCCGCGCAUCACUACACCCAGCCAGGAGGAGUUGGGUUACUGCGACAAGGUCUGCAUCGAGGAGCUGGGCGACACCACAAUUGUGGCUUUCAGAAAUGAGGGCAAGGACUCGCGUAUUGCCACCGUGGUUAUUCGUGGCGCCACCGACAACUUCAUGGACGACAUCGAGCGUGCCGUGGACGACGGUGUGAACAACUUCAAGUGCCUGACUCGUGAUGGACGCUAUCUGCCUGGAGCUGGUGCCACCGAGAUCGAGUUGGCCACCCAGUUGUCCGCAUAUGCCGAUACUCUGCCCGGCUUGGAGCAAUAUGCCGUGCGCAAGUUCGCCAACGCCCUGGAGGUCUUCCCCAAGGCCCUGGCCGAGAACUCUGGCAUCAAUGGCACCGAGAUCGUCAAUCAGCUGUAUUUGGCCCACACCUCAGAGGCCGGCAAGACCAUCGGAUUCGACAUUGAAGCGGAGAAGGUGGCCACAAUCGAUACCACAAAAGCGAAGAUUUUCGAUCUGUACCAGGCCAAGUUCUGGGGUCUCAAAUACGCCGUGGGUGCGGCCACAACCAUUCUGAAGGUGGACCAGAUCAUCAUGGCCAAGCGUGCUGGAGGUCCCAAGCCGCGACAGGCUGCCGGCAGCGAUGACGAGAGUUAAGCGUCUUCUCUGUGAUUCGUCGUAUAACUAUUACUAGUUUCUCCAGCUCCUUCUUCGUAUUUUCAUAAACACGAGUCCCAUGGAAAUUAUAAAUUUCAUUAACCCCCCUCUCACCCACUCAAUCACAUACACGCAACCAUGCACACAGUUUCUUGUAUUAAUAAAACUUAACUUACGAAAACUGA